GUAGCUGUAGUAUCUGUAGUAAGUGUAGUAGCUGUAGUAUCUGUAGUAAGUGUAGUAAGUGUAGUAAGUGUAGUAGGUGUAGUAAGUGUAGUAAGUGUAGUAAGUGUAGUAAGUGUAGUAGCUGUAGUAAGUGUAGUCAGUGUAGUAGCUGUAGUAGCUGUAGUAAGUGUAGUAGCUGUGGUAAGUGUAGUAGCUGUAGUAGCUGUAGUAAGUGUAGUAAGUGUAGUAUCUGUAGUAGCUGUAGUAAGUGUAGUAGCUGUAGUAGGUGUAGUAGGUGUAGUAAGUGUAGUAAGUGUAGUAAGUGUUGUAGCUGUAGUAAGUGUAGUAAGUGUAGUAGGUGUAGUAAGUGUAGUAGGUGUAGUAAGUGUAGUAGGUGUAGUAAGUGUAGUAGCUGUAGUAAGUGUAGUAGCUGUAGUAAGUGUAGUAAGUGUAGUAGGUGUAGUAAGUGUAGUAAGUGUAGUAAGUGUAGUAGGUGUAGUAAGUGUAGUAAGUGUAGUAAGUGUAGUAAGUGUAGUAGGUGUAGUAAGUGUAGUAGGUGUAGUAAGUGUAGUAGGUGUAGUAAGUGUAGUAGGUGUAGUAAGUGUAGUAGGUGUAGUAAGUGUAGUAGCUGUAGUAAGUGUAGUAUUUGUAGUACUACAGCUCUUACAGCUACUACACUUAUGAUGGAGACUUCCAAAAGUUGUGGAGGAAACCACAACGUUUGCUCCACCUUUUUAUACAUAGGUGAUGGAGUCUCAGCCACAAAAAAGAUUUUUAUGGACGGAAAACUCUUUGGUCAACUGAUCACUUCCGCGUGAAUCAUCUUGGCCAAAAAAAGCCAGGUAUUAAAUAGCUCGUUAACCUCGAACGCUCAGUCUUUACAGGAAAAUCUCACACAUCGGUCUUGGUCUAUAGCUCAGUCAAUACAGCAAGACCUCAGUUUGAGUUUUCCCCCUAAAGACUUCUCUCUCGGUUUAACAUGUAGUAAGUAUCUAUUUUUUCUAGUAUUUUUUAUGUCAAACAAGUUACCGCUGAUUGUUGAUAUGCUGUCGCAGCUGUAAUAACAGCUGUUCGUAUGAGCAUCGCGGCCACAAGCGGAAACAUAAAGGAGCAGCGAAAGGUAAAAUCCUAGCCUUGGGAGAGAACGAGAGCCUAGCAUUUUUCAGAACCAUCCCCUAGCAUUUUCCAUAACCUUCUGAUUCAGGGCUGAGUUGCUCAAAGCAUGGUUAGCUUUAACCAUUGGUUAAGCAGUAUCAAAACCAAUACGUUGUCAAGGUAUUAAACGCUGGUUAACGCUAACCAUGCUUCGAGCAACUGGGCCCAGUUGACCAAAUCGAAAGAAUCUGUUAAAUACAAGCUCUUAGCUCUGGAAGUCCUCCUUAAAUUGCUAAAAAUGGACGGACCACUAGGAAAAGUGAUGGGGGUGAAGGAACCGCCCCUUCCCCGAACUUUCCCCGAACCUUCCCCGCUCCCAAAAAGAAAAAACAACAAAAACAAACUGUCUUUAAAGUAUGUAAUCUGUGUUUUUAAUAGUUUGUGGCUAAAUUGGACUAAAAUUUUACACGACUCUUAUUUUUGCCCUUUUUUACACAAAACCUCUUAGUAAUGCAUUAUUUAAACACAAUUAAUUUACAAAAAGAGGAAUAUUACAUAAUUAAGCAGACCCUACAAACUGAUCCUUUGCUGAAACUGAAUUAUUUUAAAAAACUGCUAAAUAAAUCAUUUGUUACAGGAGGGGGCAUUAGCUGAAAGACAUACUCGUUAAGGCCAAAUUGUGCACAGGGCUAAUAAACGCGCAGUGGAGUCCUGCAAGCAUGUCACCUAUAUUUAAAAAAGUGAUGAUUCGGAUCCUUUUAUUUACUUGUCUGAGUCCUUUUUCGUUGAUACGAAUUGUUUCAAUCAGUUCAACCCUUUGCCAAAAACUAUCAAGACAUCAUGCACACAAGAAAAUUUCAAGAUGACUUUAGUCAGAUGUCAACCCCUACUCCACUGUAAAUAAAAGCACAGCUUGUAAAAUUUACAGUGAAAGUCCGAGUAACUGCCAUCGUGCUCGGGCUUGAGUCACGGCGUUUUCACAGAGCAGUCUGUUUUUAAAAACAUUUCGGCUGUGCACACGUCUAAAUUAUAAAAGUCAUAAAAUGUGAAGAAAGCAAAGGAAAUGUAAUUAACACGAAAAAUCUCAGUACCAUUUUCCGGUCUGUACCUUUUGCUGACUAGUUCGUUAAACGUAUUUGAUGGUCUAGAUUAUAUAAACUGGUCUUUGUAAAUGCCGUGACACGAAUAAGAGAUGCUCGCUCUAGGAUCUCACUCUCAUUAUUAUUAUACAAUGUAUAACCCUAUAUAACGAAACGCCGAUGCUUGCAAAGAACGAUUUUUAAGUUCCUUGGCACUCCCUUAGUUUCUGAGAUACUGUAACCACCUGCAGUAUCAAACUUGAAAAUAUACGAUAUACGCGUGAAAUAAAUAGAAAAGUUGCUAAAGUUUAUUUAUGGAACGAAAUGCGAAAGACGGUGUUUUGAAAUACAACAUCUAAUAUAUAACAUUUUAAAGUUUUAACUAUUAUCACUCCACAUUCAGUGCAGACAGCUGACUUAAUUUUAGCUUGCUAUCACAUACUCGAAACCUACGUACGUAGAAAUACUUCCUUCUUCCUUGUUUAGUGGGUGGGUAUGUGCGUGUGUAAAAGCCUUGGCUAUGGUCAAUCGAAAGAACGCCAGCAGAAUAAAGUGCAAGUUGCAGUUGUUGUAAUACUGUUAAACAAUUGGACGAGUUUUAGAAAAGAUAUUUUCCUCUUUUUUUCUUUUUGCAAUUUCUCCUACGGAGAAGAUGUUGAAAAAGACUUUGGACCUUGCCACUUUAAGCACCAGAAACUAAUUGACAUUCGUAAAAUCCAGCUGCGUUCUGAUUGGUUUAGCUACCACUACGCUAUAUGUUAUAGCCCACUAAAGGCGAAAAGCGCCGGCUUUGAAAACCAAAACAGUGGCUGUUUAUUCGCGUUUCGCUAGCUAAAAUUGUCUUGUCUCAAUAUUUUUGACCUAGUAGUUGGAUUGGACUUAAACAAUUAUUCCUCUCACCCUCAUGGCCUGUGAAUCAAUAGCCCAUUCGGCCUUCUGCCUAAGGGGCUGUUAACUCAGAACCCAUUCGGGCUCGGCGAGGAAUAAUUGUUAAAUAUAUAGCUGAUUCAAUAAAGGUUGCUUUGUGCAGACUCCAUCACUGAGACUCCAUCACCUAUGUAUAAAAAGGUGGAGCAAACGUUGUGGUUUCCUCCACAACUUUUGGAAGUCUCCAUCAUAAGUGUAGUAGCUGUAAGAGCUGUAGUACUACAAAUACUACACUUACUACAGCUACUACACUUACUACAGAUACUACAGCUACUACACUUACUACAGCUACUACAGCUACUACACUUACUACAGCUACUACACUUACUACAGCUACUACACUUACUACACCUACUACACUUACUACACUUACUACAGCUACUACACUUACUACACUUACUACACUUACUACACCUACUACACUUACUACACUUACUACACCUACUACACUUACUACACUUACUACACCUACUACACUUACUACACCUACUACACUUACUACACUUACUACACCUACUACACUUACUACACCUACUACACUUACUACACUUACUACACCUACUACACUUACUACACCUACUACACUUACUACACUUACUACACCUACUACACUUACUACACCUACUACACUUACUACACUUACUACACCUACUACACUUACUACACCUACUACACUUACUACACUUACUACACCUACUACACUUACUACACCUACUACACUUACUACACUUACUACACCUACUACACUUACUACACCUACUACACUUACUACACUUACUAC